AUUUACCUUGGAGUUUGCAAGUACGGUUAAUUUUUAAUAACUUAUAAAAUUUUGCAUUAUAAAGCUGGAAAUAACUGAGACUUAUAAAUGAAUACGCUAGAAAAAACCUUUUAGUGAAUACUAAAAGAUGCCUUAAAGCAUUCAAAAUGUUAGUCAAUUCUGUAGGAGAGCAUCUUUUAUGAAAAAAAAAUUCCAAAAUGCUUUGAUUUUACUUCCUGAUAUAUUUUCCACUCAUUCUUAAGUUGGUAUACUACAAAUCAUAGAGUAAAUAAAGUACUUCAAAUAGUUUACCAGGAAUUUACCUUUCGAUCGAUUGAUUGUUAAGGUUAUCUGUGUGCUGCCGCAGGGCGCCUGGUCGCCGAGGAUGCACAUCCCGAGGUUCACGGCUCCCCCGCCGCCAUUACCCACGGUGCCGGCAACCGCGAUGCCGGUGCCCAUGGUACCGCCGGGGGCCCCGCCCUGUCUCCCCCCCGUGCCGCCGCCCGCGUGCCACGUGAACGUGAAGCCGGGUUUGACUGACCCCCGCGCGCAACCGCAGUAUUACAGUAGUUUCCCGAAACCUGUGGCGAACCUCGGUGUUCCAGCAGUGGGGCCGAUACCGCAGCACGCGCAACCGUUCUGCUACGCUCCCGUGGAGAUGCCGCAGUUCCAGCAGACACCGUUCGGACCGGCCCCCCACUUCCCCGUGAGAGACCCGUCGCAGAUGCCCGCCAACUGCUUCCCGGAACCAGCACGGUACGUGUCCGUGCCCGCAGGGACGCCGUUCCAUCCGGUUCAGCCGGCCGUCAACGUGGCGGGUCCUUUCCGAGGAAACAUGACCUGCAGCGGUUUCCCACCCCAGUUUCCUGUCGGUGCUCCCGUGGGUGAGAGUAUCGGCAGUGUGAUGGCAGUCCCUCACUCACUCAAGUACGAUUACAGGGUGAGUUACAAAGAAAGCCACGUUAAAGAGUCUAGCGCCAGCAGCUCAAGAGUUUCGGAACACUUCUACCACAAGAGUCAUGAUUCAGUGCCUGUUCAGCAGACGGGGAUGGAAAGGGCUGACAAGUAUAGUAAGGGAAGCAUGAGUGAUUGUCGGAACACAAGCCCACACACCAAACGAAGAUGCAGUGGGGAGAGAGAGAGCAGGGAAAUGAGUGUCAGUAUCAUGAGAAAAGAUAGCAAGAUGAGUAGAAGCAGUAGGGGGAAGAGAAGUGAAAGCAGAUGUAGUAGUGUUAGCAGAAGAAAUAGAAGUAGUAGUAGAAGAAGAAGUAGUAGCAGAAGAAGAAGUAGUAGCAGAAGAAGAAGUAGUAGCAGAAGAAGAAGUAGUAGCAGAAGAAGAGGUAGUAGCAGAAGAAGAAGUGUUAGCAGAAGAAGAAGUGGUAGCAGAAGAAGAAGUGGUAGCAGAAGAAGAAGUGUUAGCAGAAGACGAAGAAGCAGAAAUAGAAGUGGGAGCAGAAGACGUAGAAGUGGUAGUAGGAGAAGAAGUAGUAGCAGGAUGAGCAGUAGAAGAAGGAGUGGCAGCCGGAGCAGAAGUGGAAUGGUAGUACAAAGUAGAAGUAGCAGGCAGUGGGAACACGAGAGGGUGUUUGCGAGGAGAGGAAGUGAAAAGAGAAGCGUGCACACAAGCCAAAGCGACAGCAGGUGUGAAGCUGAGGGCGGCAGGGUGUCACCUAAAGCAAACACAGCACAGUGCGAUGGUGGUAGGGCCAGCCCCGCCUCUCCUGGUAGAGACAGCCAGGGCCAGGCGGGAGACAAGAGAGAUGGAUCGGACGACACAGCAGGCCACAGGCUCAGGUCUCACCGGGCCGGCAGCCACUUGGCCGCGCCCAGAAGCAGCAAGCAUUCGGCCAGCUCCGCUGCUAGGAUGAAGGCGGCUGACACGGAACGGGAAAUGCUGUUGAAGAAGUGGAGGCAGAGCUACUGCGCCACGAGCCAGGAGAUGCGCGAGCGGCUGGAGCUACUGGCCAAGAUGACGCCCGAGGAGAUACUGGAGGCGGAAAAGAAGGUGUGGACCCGCGCUGCCCCGGCCGACCUCUUCUACGCCGCCUGCGAGACCAACCACACCGUGAAAGAAGCCACGCCGCUGCUGAUCAAGCUCUGCGAGGAGUUCCAGGAAAGGCUGGUCUUGCGGGCGGAGAAGGUGCGUGCGGGGCAAGUGGCACCGGAGGCUCCAGGCAUCAAGCCCAAGAAGCACUCGAAGCACGCAGUGAAGGACGACUCCAGCGACUCCAGCAGCAACUCCACGGACGAGGACGAGUUCACCAUGGAGGAGCUGAGGCGCAAGAGCCAGCAUCCGUACAGGCUGCAUCCGGAGCUGUGGUUCAACGACCCGGGGGAGAUGAAUGAUGGACCUCUUUGUCGUUGCAGUGCGAAGGCACAAAGAUGUGGCAUUCGCCACGGAAUAUAUUCGGGAGAAACCAACAUGAAACGCUGCGAUCCGUCGACCAACAAUGCAAACAGUUUACACCACUAUCGCAUCACUAUAUCCCCUCCGACGAAUUUCUUGACCAAAACACCGACGAUAAUCAAACACGAUGGUCAUGAAUUUAUUUUCGAAGGAUUCUCUAUGCUGUCUCAUUAUCCACUUACGAUGUUGCCUACCUGCAAAGUUAUACGGUUUAACAUAGAGUACACAAUAUUGUAUGUAGAAGAAAAACUUCCGGAUAACUUCACCAUCCGUCAGCUGGAUUUGUUUUACGACUACUUGUUCCGGGAGCUGUUGGAGCUGGUCGACCUGGACUUCAGAGCCUACGGCGACGACCUGGGCUGCCCUCAGUUCCACUUCAUGCCUCGCUUCGUGCGCGACCUGCAAGAUAAUGGCAAGGAAAUUCUCUCAAUGAAUGUUGUGAUGCAGUAUUUAUUGAACAAUAGUGGACCAUUAUUUGAAGAAUCAAGUCUGGAUUUUUACAUGAAGAUGCCACAGUUUGAGUGGCAGAAUUUCGCGGAUGAAAUCAAAGGCAUGGUGGUGACGUACCCCGGCAUGAAGCCGUGCUCGCUGCGCGUGGACCAGCUGGACCGGGACCAGCACGCCGAGAAGCCGGAGCGCUACCCGGAGAUAGUGCACUUCGGGGUGCGCCCGCCGCAGCUCAGCUACGCCGGCAACCCCGAGUACCAGAAGGCAUGGCGGGAGUACGUCAAGUUCCGCCACCUGCUGGCCAACAUGCCCAAGCCCUCCUUCGAGGACAAGCGCCGGCUGGAGGGCAAGGAGAUGAAGCUGCAGGAGAUGCGCACGCAGAGCCGCAUGAAGCGCGACGUCACGGUGGCCGUGUCGGCCGCGGGCUUCCACCGCACGGGCAUCAUGUGCGACGUCGUGCAGCACGCCAUGCUGAUCCCGGUCCUGGUGUGCCACCUGCGCUUCCACCGCUCCUGCGACGCGCUGGAGGACGUCAUCGACUACAAGUUCCGGAACCGCUACCUGCUGCAGCUGGCCCUGACGCACCCCUCGUACCGGGAGAACUUCGGCACCAACCCGGACCACGCGCGCAACACGCUCACCAACUGUGGCAUCAGGCAGCCCGAGUACGGUGACCGCAGGAUCCAUUACAUGAACACCAGGAAGAGAGAUGAUGAGACCUGUUCGCCGCAAAAAGGCCAGUCUGCCUUGUUGUUCAGAAGCUCGAGAGAAGAGAGUGUUAAAGGUAACUGGCUUCAGUGAUUCGUGGGCUGCUUCUAUCACCCAGGACCUUCGCAAAUGUCUCGUGGUCUCUCUUGAACGGUGGCAUCUGCAAAUGAGUACAAAUAUUGCUGCAAUUGAAAGCGAAACCUUUCAAGGAUAUUUGUUUAUGUGUGUUCAUGCUUGAUAAUGGUAUCACUUCUGUUUUUGUACUUUAGUUAUCUGUAUGCAAAUUGUAUGUAUUUGUGAACCAAGUGAUUAACUUAAGUUUCCUGUGUUCAGUAGUAUGUAAUUCAGUGGUAGAAGUAUAGACUGUAUGUAUGUCCAGAAACUAGUGCUGCUUCUUUGAUUGUUCAUCGGUUAACUAAUUAUUGAGUCUUUGACACCUUGAAGUUUGCAUUUUUUGACUAAACAUUACUUAGAUUUUCAUGAAACGCUAUAAAAUGUCUAUAAUUCUAUAAAAAAAUAUUCUUUCCCUCCUCAAAAUAUUUUGGUCGCCUAAAUAAUUUUACUAGGAAGUCCCUUUAAAGUGUAGUGCUUGACACACACACUUCUCUUGCACAGAACAAGCUAAUUUCAACCAAAUGAACUGCAUUUGCAGCCAGCAAACGUUCAACUUCACUUAGAUCUUUAUAGGAUUCAUGAGAGGUGUUUGCGUACAAUGUGUUAAAUGCUGUUCUGCGUAAUUGAACAGGCUUAGAGACCUGGCUGGACUUUUUUUCUUGAAGUAUGAUGUCACCUACAUAGCAAACAGAGUUCUCGAGUUAUGGAUAGAGACAAGAUUUUAUGGUUUUAUUUUUAGUCCAAUUUCAUUUUUUAAAGAGAAUACAUAUUAAGGUGUUAUUGUUUUUAUUUUCACAAAAGUGGUUUUGUAUUACCUACUCCCCCAAAAUAGUGGUAAAAAUAAUACACUCAUUUUUAUAAUAAAAUAAUUUGUAUUAAAUUAGUCUAUAAGAUACAUUCAGGACAGUAAAAAAAAAAAAAA